AUGUAUGGGAUACUGCGUGAGAUGGAAACGCCAUUUUCUCCUACAAUAGACUCGUAUAGGAACUGUACUUGGAUCACAAGAAUGUUGUGCUGCACUAUAAUAUCACAACUAUACCAGGCGUGGACAGUGCAAGCGCCGAACAAUGGUGUCUACGUCUCAGAGCAUUAAUGGCGGACAACUACUUUUGACAGGUGUCGCUCAACGUGUCCAUAGUUCAGCUUCUGCUCAACGGUGAAUGGAUUUGCGGUAGAAUGAGGCGUCGACGGAAAGCUGCCCGAUGCCGCAGUAUUGGUGGCAAUGAAUGGAUAUGAAGUGCUGAGUGGCCGUCCUCAUAGAAUGUUCUAGGCAAAAGUGUGCGUGGUCCAGAGUAGAAUCUGCGGCGUAUUUCACCAGGCACGUGCGAUAAUUCCAUCCAGACCAGGAGAUUGGGAUUCGAGACGCAUUAACAGUUCCGGAGACAGAAUAAUGUGGAGGGUAGUACACUGGUAUGUCAGCAACUCUGUGAUUAGUAUAUCGAUUUCUGUGUGCAUGUUCUGCCCGCGUGUAGCUCAGAGUACGUGAUAUGGGUAGUAAAGGUUGUAUUUUUGAAUUUGAUCGUGCUGGUCCAUAACCAGAUUUCCUUUCCCCAUGACACCGUAGACAGCCCUCAUGAAGUUGGAAGAA